GCAGUCGAACCAGGAACCGGAGAGAAACCGACCCACCUUCCGCCUCCUCCCCCGCCUCCGCCUCCGGCCUCCUCCCCCGCCUCCUCCCCGCCUCCGCCUCCUCCCCCGCCUCCGGCCUCCGGCCUCCGCCUCCUCCCCCGCCUCCGGCCUCCGCCUCCGCCUCCUCCCCCGCCUCCGCCUCCAGCCAUGCCGGGAAUGGCGAUUCGCAUCCGGAGAAGGCUACGGCUCCUUAGGUGGGGAAGGAGACUGCGCCAUAGAUGGAUGCACCUAAGCCCACGGCUCUUGCGCCGCGUAAUCUGGAGGUUAGGUAGGGCACUGCUGCUGUUCCAGUCCGACAAGGCGGCCAUGGAUUCCUGUUGCCCAAUUUGCUCGCAUGCGAUGCGCCCUAAGGACAGUCCCGGCAAGUUCAUGCUAUUUGUAUGCUCCUCCUGUGGGCACGAGAAGCAAUUGGACUUCGAGUUCAGCUGGCGGGAGACCCUGGUCAAUGGGAUUAGGGUAUUGGCUCAGGUCAAACAUCAAAGAAAUACGACUAAUUGCAUCUUCUAUGCAAUUGCUGCAGCUCUUGAAGCUAUGAUGAAGUUCAAGAUGGCAGAAAAAGGAGACAACUAUCAUGAUACAAUAAGCAUUGAUGACAUGCUAAGUUACGUUGCUCAUUGCGCUAGGGAGGACCCUUUAUGUGGCAAUCACAAAUCAGGCACGUUUAAAUUCACAUGUUGUGAAAACAUGCUGAAAACCAUUGGGGUGUUAACUAAUAAAGGAAUGCAAAAACCUGUGGAUUUACGUGAGGACUCAGAUUAUGUGAAGAUUAAGGAGUCCCACUGGCAUGAUGAUAUGGCUUUUGAAGAAACUUGUUCGCUGGUCUUACAGGGGAAGAUGCUGAUUGCGACAGUUCGUGAUACAGAGGCUUUUCAUUCAUUAAAGCCUGAUGAUGUUUAUGAGUGCACUGCGUUUCCCGAGACCACAUCAGGACUUAAAGUAUGGCAUGCGUUGGUGAUAGUUGGCUUUGGCGUUAAAGAUGGGAAAAAAUUCUUUAGAGUACAAAACAGUCACGGAAGUUAUUGGGCUGAUUCUGGUUUCGGGAGGGUUAGAGAUAAUUCGGUGGGCAAGAUCUGGGAAUUACGUAUCUGAUAGUUUCUUCAGCCACACUUUGUGACACAUCAAGAAUAUUCCUUUGGAGCGACAUGCCAGUGAGGUUUGCACCAGAAAAAUGUUCGAGAAGUUUGCUUAGGGUCAUAUGCCCCCUUGAAGAGGUGAUUCCAGGGAACAAUACAUGGUUUAGAACAUAAGGAGUGAUGCUACAGAAGUGGUACAAGGUGUCCUAUCGAGCUGAUAUCAGUGGCGCGAUUGCUGAGUUCUUCUUUUCAGCCAUUCUUUGAAGGUCAUGGCGAAGAAUGAUGUGGCUCAGAUUCCUCAUAAACACAUAUUGAAGCAUUGGACAAGAGAAGGUAGAGACAUACUUUUGGCACCAGAAAGACCAAGGUCCACCUAAGUAUGUAAAAUACAUGCAUUCCAAGAAGCAAGCUUUGGAGGUAGUUCAGCUUGGAGACGCAAAUGUUGAGUCGUACGUCCUGGCAAUGGAUAAGAUGGUUGAGCUAGGUAAGAUGCUGAAAAAAACCAGCAGUGUCAGGAAUUGUAUGGGUCUCGAAGAUAGGGUGAAGCUAAGUUCAUCUAGGGAUCCCGUGUUUAAUCCAAUGGUGACCACAUUUCCAGCCAUCUCAGAAGAUAGGUGCUCCCAUCUGUGAUGUUUAGUCCACCUGAAAAGAAAAGGCCAGGUGGGUCGAGGGGAAGUCCCAGUAUGAGCAGAGACAAGCCUCCAUACGAGAUGCCUGUUAACAGGUCCAGAUUUUGUUCGAUAUGCAGGUAGCAAUGUCACGGAAGCACUACCUGCCCUCAGCGGGGUCAUAUUCCUAAAAACCCAAGGCGCCCAGGUGCUCAGUGUGUGGGCUCACCGGCCACUGGAAGAACACUUCCAGCAAACCUUUGGUUGACUGAUGCAAUCAGGAUUGUACCUGUUAGAAAAAUGUAGCGUUUAUCUGUUCGGAAUAUUUGCAUCCUAUUUAUGUGUAAAUAUACGUUUGUACUCUAUCUUGGAGAAACAUUUAUGCAAACUGAAUUGUUGUAUCUUAGAGAAGCAA